AUGUCCUUCACACAGUGCUUCAGCCAAAUGUACUUUUACUGGAUGUCUAGUGGAAUUGAGGACACCCUCCUGUUCACAAUGGCCUUUGACCGAUAUGUGGCUAUAUGUAAACCUUUACAUUAUCACUUGGUGUUCAGCAGGAAGAACUAUUUGAAAGUCAUAGCUGGAAUCUGGAUAUCAGGAUGCCUCAAUUCUUUAUCGGUCACGGUUUCAGCGGUACACAUGAAUUUCUGCCAGUCCAACACCAUCCUCCAAUUCUUCUGUGAUGCCAAAGCUUUAGCCAACAUUGCCUGUGCCAUCACAGACGCGUUUUAUGCAGUUAUCUACUUUAACUUAUUUUUGCUUGGACUUUGCCCAUGUGUCUUUAGUUUGUCAUCAUAUGUGAAAAUUAUCAGAGUCAUCCUGAGUAUUAAAAGUAAAGGUGGAAGAAGGAAAGCUUUCUCCACCUGCUCAUCCCACCUCAGCGUCCUAUUGCUGUACUAUGGGACUGGGUUGCCCGUGUAUCUAAGUCCAUCAUCAAAUCACACCACUGUCUUGGCACAAACAUUCUCAGUUUUUUACACUAUGGUAACACCGAUGCUUAAUCCUCUUAUAUAUAGUCUACGCAAUGAAGAGGUGAAGAAGGCACUUUUGAAAUUAAUAAGUCAUAAAACAUCUUCAUUUUAUGUAGGGUAG